AUGUCUGUCGGAGAGCUUGCCUGCACCUACGCUGCUCUGAUUCUUCAUGACGAUAACAUCUCCAUCACGGUAUGUUGUUGGUUUUGGUGAUUUUGCGGUUCUCCUUUGCGCUUUCUUCGUUAUUUUGUGCAUUUCUCGCGGAAGGGAAGAUCAGUAAGAGAUCAGGUUAUUAAGGAUUUGGAUUGCAAUUGAUGACCAGUAAAUUCCUGGCAGGCCGAGAAGAUAUCCACCUUGGUGAAGGCGGCGAACGUCAAAGUAGAUUCCUACUGGCCGUCCCUUUUUGCAAAGCUUCUAGAAAAAAGGAACGUGGACGACCUCAUCAUGAACGUUGGAUCUGGUUAGAUCUUAAUUCUGGUUCGCUAUACCGUCGAUGCUCUUUUAAUCUCCGGGCAUUUUGAUUAGUAAUUUGUUUUAUCGAAAUCGAUUGUGCAGGCGGAGGCGGGGCUCCUAUUGCAGUUGCUGCCCCAGCGGGUGGUGCAGGCGGUGGUGCUGCUGCUGCACCAGCCGCAGUGGAAGAGAAGAAGGUUACACCAUGCCUUAUGCACUAUAUUUUACCAUUUGUUUCAGUUUCAUUAUGAAAACGAGUUCAAUAUUUUUUCAGGAGGAGCCCAAGGAAGAGAGCGACGAUGACAUGGGCUUCAGCUUGUUCGACUAG